AGUUUAACACCUUUUCAACGCAGUGGUAAUCCGGGUUACACUGUCGGUGAACCUGUACUAGCAGGAAUUUUCAACAGAACUGUGGAAAAUGAAAUCACCAGUGAACGGAUUUUACUCAAUGCCAAUCGAGAUAAAUACAUGACCCUUGUGAAACCAUCAAUGAAUGGAGACUGCAUGACUGAUGCUUCCUCAGACCGCAUCUCUGUUGUCUUUGGUGUAAAUAUGAGAACUGGGUGCAACAUAAGGGUCUCUGCAUCUAACAUCACAAGCUUCUGUGCCAUGAUGCAUCAGGCCAUCAUUAAUGCAUUUGAGUUUGACAGCAUCCCAGAACUUACACCAAGUAUUUAUGCACCUCAAGGAUAUGUAGAUAACAACCGUAUGUGGGUCUCUAUGGCAACUCUGAUGUUUCCAAGACAGGUGACUGGGUCAAGAUUUACACCAUUAGCUACUAGCUCCAGCUGUCAGCUACCGCUAGGAAUGGAAAUCCAGAUUCUGUUUGCCAACAUUGGGGCCCUUGUCAACCCUCAGGCAAAGAUCAUUGGUGUGUCCUUCGUUUAUGACACUCUACGAACGGUACAAAUCAGGUGUACAGGACCCUCAUGCCAGUCUGGCUCGGACCUGAAUCAGACUGUGGAGAUCACCCAGUCUGUGGCUUUUAUAGACGUCAGCAAGCCUGCAGUUGGCUUCCAAGGGGAACCACCCAUUUUCUUAGCCAAAGUUCCAUAUGACUUUUUUUAUCCUUUCAUCUCAGGAGCUGUCUCUUCCACAAUGUCCAUCACUUUGUUGCAGUUGUUGCUUAUGGUCUCGCUGACAUUUAUAGCUGUGUGAUUCCUGCUAUGAGGUUUUCCUGAUUCAUUUCCCUUCUUUGAACAUUUGGUACAACUAUUAGAAAUAUUUGUAGAUUUUGGAACUUUUGAAGCUUAAGAGUAAUUUUGUAAGAGAAGAAUUUCUAAGAACUUGUAUAUAAGAACAUGUAUAUUUGUGAAUGAGACUGUGAGGAUGUGCGCUGCAUGAUGUGUAAAAAUGACAUGACUGCUUUCCUGGUCUGAUAGUUGGGGUGUUCCUGUGUACCUUUAUUUAUCUGGGUGAUAUUGCAAGUUGGCAGGAGGAGGUUCAAACAGAGACGCUGACAUCCAUGUAUUUGUGGCAUGAUCAUUGUUUUGUAGGCCUGAUGACACUGGACAUGGGAAAUGUCUGUAUUCUCUAGAAAAACAUGGUAGAUCUGAUAAAAUUGUAUUUAAUACACUAAGCUCAUGAAUAGAUCACUGUAAUUAUACCAUCUCACUUCUUCAUUCUUUUGAAAAUCUGUAACUGCUUUAUACAGUUCAGAGUUCCUUGCUCAUAAACCUAGCAAAUGUAGGUUUUUCUGUUUUACUAUCCACUUUCAAAAGAACUGUAAACAUUUGAUGAUCAAUUAGUUGACUUCUAAAUGGUAAGCAUGCUUAUUAAUGUACUUAAUAUUGUGUCCAUGUUGUUAAGUUUUAUCAAAAUUUUUAAAAUAAUAAAGGUAUGAUAUCUAAGUUGAUCCUAUCUGAAAGCCAGUGUUUGCUGACAAGGUAAAGUUAUGUUGUGGGGCUCUACUGACACAAUUGUAAACAGAAUUGCUCCAUCUGGUGAACAGUUUGUUCCUUACUUAGCAAUAUGUCAAGCUGAGGGAAGAUCAGUACUUUUGCACACUGUUGUCUCAGCUAAAAACAACUUGAGGACUUUAUCAACUACACAUCUAAUGGAAAAACUGAUAGACAUCCUUUAGGGCUAGCAAAAAUGUCACAAGAAGAAUACACACCCCCAAAUCAGUCGACAUUUUCACAUUUGUUCAGACAAGGCAUGCAUUGUAAGUUUCUGGUCAUCUAAACUGACUCUGAAAGAGAUUAGGAAACUAAUUUUAUGCUUUUAACUAACCAUUGGCAAAGAAAACUGACCAAAAAAAAUCCCGACUGUGAAUCUGUAGACUAAAUGCCAAUUUAUCUGCCCUUGUACAUGUCUUGCAUGCAUAUUUAUGUGUGUAUAUGCACUCAAAGACACACACACAUUCUCUGCAGUCUCUAAUUGCAAUAUGUUCUACACAUACAUCAUCUCUAUUCACAGAUGCCAAUGAAAAACUUCACUGUGUAUUAAUACCUUCAGUGAAAACACAGUACUGUUAACAAUUUACAAAGUGUAUAACCUGCAGUUUUAACCAAUAUUUAAUCUGAGCAUUUCAUGAAAUUAUAUAUAAAACUAUUCAUGCAAAACAGUAGAAAGUGGGAAAAGACGAUACCUUUUAUGCUUUCAUUAAAUUUCAUUUUAAUUUGUUAAUUUAUGCUGAUGGGCACCUUGUUUCUGUGGCAUUCCUCUAAACAGCAUGUAAAUCACCACAGAAGGAUGUGCAUUAAAAUAUAUAUGGUACUUUGUCACCUUCAAACUUCACUACAAUACAUGUAACAGCACUAGAUAGAAAAUGUGGUGGUAAUUAAUGAUGUGCUACAGCCUUUUGCAUACAUUGUUUUUGACAAACUAUAAGUUUCACUUAAAACGGAACAGAGAUGAAAAAACAUUAUAAUUAAGAAAUGAAAUGUUUGUACUCAAAGGAAUGCAAGUAGAUAAAUUACAAUAUUAUGAUAGCAGAUGAAUAAUGUUGUCCUGGAGAAUCAAUUAAUAAUCUUCACAACAUGAUCACACUUUCCAAAUUCACUACGCACAGUUUUUAUAUUUCCUUGACAGAAGUCUCACAAGUGAUGUGGAGAUUUUGCAAUGAAUGUGAGAAAUCUCAGAAAUAUGCUGGACUGAUUCAUACACUCUUUACACUAACUCACCUUCACAUUUUUCACAGAACAUUUUCUUUUUUAAAAGUAGUUUCUUUCCAUAAAUUAUUUUGUUCAGAAAUUAUACAUAUAUAUACUGCAAGUCAGUGCUGACACUGUAAGAGAAUGCCACUGAUAAUUGCUCACAAUCCUUUUUACCCCAGUGAGAAACUUAUAGGCCAGACCUUUCUCCUUCUUCUUUGGUAGCAACCUCUCAACAUAUUUAUACAUACAAUGCCAUGAAACACCAGAUUCAAUAGCCUUCCAUGUUAGGAAAACCAUGAAUUGUAUAAUUUUUAUAUUAUGCAAGUAUUUUUGAAGUGAAGGUCAUACUUCCUCGCUCACUUUGCUUUAAAAAUAUUAAACAUGUGUAAUAGCAUUGUCCUAUGGGUUAACUCAUAAAAUGUCUUCGCAGAAACAGAAUCACACAAGUAAAGUCUUGGUCACAAAAUGUUUCUUUUUAAAUUUAACAAAUACUGUCAUCAUGAUACCACUAUUUAGCCCUUCACUGGUGAUGCUAGGAAAGAUUGUUUACUCUUGAUACUUCGCCGAAGCAACUUUUUUCUCAAUAAAACAAAUGUGCAAACAGUUGGCCUAAUUCGUAUUCAUUGGUACAGAAGGCCAUUAUCACAUAUUUUGAUCACAGAGGAAGACGUGUACAAAAGACUUCAAAUUCAGGUUACCCAUUCAAGACCACAUGUCCACAUUCAAUUAGCAAAUGUCCUAAUAAAAUGAUAAUUUACACAUCCUUUGACUAGUGCUCUCCUUUCUCCAAUGUUUGCAUGUGAAAAAAACUGGUAAAAUGGAAGUUCCAGAAAAAAAAGUGGCAAAAAAUGUAAACAAAGCACAGAAGCACGUUUCUUUGACAAAACUGGCAAUCCAUGUUAAAAGGCUGC